CAAGGAUCAAUGGUCACAGCAGCGCUGCAUUAAAUACCAGUCGCUUUCACGGCAGCUCCAUCUAUUGUACCUCUAAGACACCUAGUUGAUUUAAACAUUAAAGCUAGAACAAAGCAAAAGUAGAGCUAUUAUGCGAGCUCGUUUUGUCACAUCGGAAGACAAAUUUUGCUCCAGCGUUAGCUCAGGUUAGUUAGCUGACCUAGUGUGUGGAAAGCAGGGAUGCAGCUGGCAGACUUCAUCGCCGGCUCUGUUGGAGGGGCAUUUGGAGUGGCUGUGGGGCAUCCUCUUGAUACUGUUAAGGUUAAAAUGCAGACACAGAGAAAAUUCACUGGAGUUUGGCAGUGCAUUCGCUCAACCUACAGAACUGAAGGGAUGUAUGGUUUCUACAAGGGGAUGUCCAUGCCAAUAACGACGGUCUCUGUCAGUUCUUCUGUGGUCUUCGGCACUUAUAGAAACGCACUACAAGUCUUCCACCAGCUGAGUUAUAAAAGUGCAGAUGCACCCAGUGCUAAGUUGCAUAUCUUUCUGUCGGGCUUAGCUGGAGGAAUUGCUCAGGUUUCAGUAAUGUCCCCUGCAGACAUUGUGAAAGUCCGUCUCCAGUGUCAGACCGAGCCAUAUGAAGGAUCUGACCUCAAAGCCAGGCCAAAGUACAGGGGGCCCAUGCACUGCCUUUUCACCAUUGCGCGUGAGGAGGGUGUCCUGGGUCUUUACAGGGGAGCUGGUGCUUUAGCAUUGCGGGAUGGCCCAUCCUUUGCCACCUAUUUCCUCGUCUAUAACACUGUCUGUGAAUGGCUGUCUCCAGACAACAACAGUCAAGCAGUUGGAAAAAAGACAGAUUGGAAGGUGGUAAUGUUUGCUGGAGGAUUAUCAGGAAUGUGCGGCUGGUGCAUUGGGACCCCCAUGGAUGUGAUAAAGGCCCGAUUACAGACUGAUGGCAUGGACAAGAGGCGGUACAGAGGACUCUUUCAUUGUGUAAGAGAAAGUGUGAGAAUCGAGGGACCAGGUGUUCUUUUCAAAGGCCUUGUCCUCAACUGCAUACGUGCCUUUCCAGUCAACAUGGCCGUUUUCGUCAUGUAUGAGCUGGUACUCAGUUUGAUACGAACAGAGUCAUAGGCCAUACUUAGGCGUGAUAGUCAUACAGCAUGCAUCUGCACUGUAUAAAUGAUGUUAGAUUAAAGGCACAUAUCAUGACUUUAGCAUCAGGCACCCUAACACUGAUAAUGUGAAAAGACAAGUUAUGCUGCAGAACUAAAUUAACUUGAAAGGCUGAAUGGUUAAGUAUUAUGUUUUUAUUAGUUAAUGAUUUGUGGUGACUACCUUACAUAGCAUAUCCUCGCUGUCGCGCGAAAACCUUAUAUCUCCAUUCUUGCCAUUUUUUUUUACUUCUUUCAUAAUGUGACAUUUUCAGCUUUGCCGUGUUAGAAUUUUAUGAUGAACAGCCCAACAUAAAUGAUCUAAAAUUACUUACAUUAGUUACAUUAUCUUGCAUUAUAAAUUAAGGAUGUUUUCCUUCUCUUGCAAAGUUCUUGUUCCAAUAGCACCAACAUGCUGUAUCUAAAGGUACACAUUAAAAGUUUGAAUUACUGUUUUUUUAUGUAUGAAGAAAACAAUGGGCCUCAUUCACAAAUAAUUUGUUUUUAAAGUGUUUUCUUAAAUUUGUUCUUGAGAAAGAUGCUAAGAAAAAGUCCUUAUUCCUUACCUAAGCAGAAAUCCCAAAUACGAAAACAUUGGUGAAUGUCAGAAUCUUCAUGAAAACUGUGGAAGUAGGCGUUAAGAAGAAAUUUUAUCUUGAGAUCAAUUGGUGAAUGAGGCCCAAUGUGUUAUUUACAUUCAGUGGCAUAAUUUUCUGUUUGAAGAGUGUACAGUAUGCAGAGUUUGAACAUUAUUUACUUGAUUUUUCCAUUCACAUGAGACUUAAUUUAAUUAUUUCAUUUGGAACAGGCAGAUUUGAGGUCAGUGUAGACCACAGGGUGCCAAAUCCAUGAUCCAGGUAAUCAAGGCCUUUGGGGGCAUCUGCCUGUUUGAGCCAGGUGUGUUAGAUCUGAACUCUCCAGGGUGGUAAACCUUCAGGACCAGGAUUGAGCAUCCUUUGUGUAGAUUAUUUUUCUUCACAUUCAGUACGUAGUAUUUAAUUUAUCAUGUUAUUUAUUUUGAGGAGAGUACUAUAUGCCACUUUGUGGAAAUAAGCUGCUAUAGGUUGUGGGAUUGUAAUUUGAAUAAUCCAUUAUCUGGCAAAAGGUGGCCCGUCUAGUUGUCUAGUAGUCACAAUUUACGCCUACAUGCUAACAGCUGAUAAUAAAGCAGGUCUUUAGAUUUACACUUUAAAAGAGCACAAUAUCCUGUAGCUCCAGGCUGUUUUUGAAAUAGUGCAACAAUGGUUUUCAGGUAACUUAUGUACUGGAAUAAAUAAUCUAAACAUCCUC